ACGAGUUACGUCACUUAUGUCAUAUGUCGAAUUUAACUCGAUAACCUCUGAAAUGUUUUCAUAUUAUCAUUUUUAUCAUAAUUAUUUUUCAAAGUGAUAAUAAGGGUGGUUUUUUAGAAUAUUUAUAAAACUAGAUUACAAUUUAGUAAAUACAAUGUUGAUAUAAGGCGCAUAACGACAGGAUGUUCUAUAAAAAAGUGAUGCACUGCACAAUCUGCCUGAAACAUGGCACUGUCGGCAUUUCAGGGAACGGCAUUCUUCUGCAGCAACUGGCAAGGAUAUCGACGUCACAAUGUUGGAACAGCAAACUGCCAUUGACGACACAAACGACGGCCACGGUGAAAAGUAAAAAUGUGCCUCAGGACAACAGAAUGUGGAAGGAGACGCCGUCACAUGACAGAAAGAAUCAGAUGGGCAAUUAUUGUAUGAUGCUGUCUAAGUUUCGGUUAAGUUCCCUAGUAGUGAUGUCCUCAAUGGCCGGGUACGCGCUUGCGCCCGCGCCGUUCGACUUGACGACGUUCGCGUUAUGCGCGAUCGGAACCGGACUCACGUCGGCUGCAGCGAAUUCUAUCAACCAGUACCACGAGGUACCAUUCGACGCGCAAAUGGCUAGGACGAAGAACCGAGUUUUGGUCAAAGGAUCGUUAGAGCCCGUCCACGCAAUAGGUUUCGCAGCCCUCACAGGGUCAACAGGCCUGAGCUUGCUUUACUUCGGCGUGAACCCACUGACAGCGGCCCUGGGUGCUGCCAACCUAGUACUAUACACGUCCGUCUAUACACCCAUGAAGAGGAUGUCUAUUUAUAAUACCUGGCUGGGGUCUGUAGUUGGAGCAAUACCUCCCCUCAUGGGUUGGGCGGGGUGCACGGGUGCACUGGACCCGGGCGCGAUCGUGCUCAGCGUCAUAUUAUACUCGUGGCAGUUCCCGCACUUCAACGCUCUGUCCUGGAACCUGAGGCCUGACUACUCUAGGGCUGGAUAUCGAAUGAUGGCAGUCACUGAUCCAGGUCUGUGCAGGAGGGUAGCCCUCAGGCAUACGGGAGUCAUCAUCGGAGCGUGCCUUGCCUCAUCUUACUUCGAAGUUACCAACAUGUGGUUCGCGCUAGAAUCCUUGCCGUUAAAUAUUUAUUUUAUGUACUUAGCAUGGCAAUUUCAUCAGAAAUCAGACAGCAACAGUUCGAGAAAACUAUUUAGAUUUUCUCUAAUACACUUGCCAGCAUUAAUGUUGCUGAUGCUAGUCAAUAAGAAGAGUUGGUAUAAGAGUGACACGCAGGAUCAGGAGACGCCGAAGGUGCAGGAUGUCAAGAUUCCUGACUCCAGAAUAUCAGUGCUGCCUCGCCGACCAGUGGUCGCGGCGCAGGAGUCUGAUAUCGACUAGGACUGGAACUACUGAUCGAUAACCGGACGCAUCGUAUAAUCGCACGGAGUUGUCGAUAAAGCACUAAAUCGCAUACUUGUUACCUAUAGUUAAGUAAUUUAUUCAUGUCAAUUCGGCAAUAUAACCAGUCGGCAAGAGUCGUACGAUCGCACAUUUGUUUGUUAGUUGCGUCGUAUCGAUUUGAAUCGUCGAUGUAUCGGUAGCUCGCAUGUUGUAUGCAACUUACAGGACGUAAGUUCCAUAUAAAUGAACCGGUGUUUGUAUUGGUGCGAUAGUCACGCUUGUUGCCGAUCAGAGUUCCGUGCUAAUUGUAUAAUCUACAUGGAAGUAGAUGUAGUACUUAUGUAAAUAAUGUACAUUGUAAUUAUGUGAUUCACUUAGAUGUUCGUAAGUUAGUGAUAACAGUCUAACCUCAGAGAUUUUGUUAAAGUUACAGUGCUAAGUAACUUGGCAUGUGCCAGCUUAUUUAGUGUGCCGUUUGCUUGUUGUUUAAAUUAUGUUCAAAACUAAAAUAGUCUCGAAAUUACUACAAUAGUAAUUUAUGUAUAUUUUUGUUCCUGUUUAGGACAGUACCAUUGUAAUUAAAAUAGGAUCAGUUGAUUAUGAAUUAGUCCAGGAAUUGGAAAUAAAUGAAAUCAGUAAAUAAUAAA